AAGCAUUUGCGAGGAGAUAGCGGUGAAAAGCGGACCAACAUCGAAAGAAACCUGCAAAAAAAUUUUUUUUCAAAAACAAGACUAGCUGCGGCGCUUCAAAAGUGUCAUUUAAGUAAAAAUAAAAGAGUCGACAAGCAGUGGGUGAAGAAUAAGGAGCUUGGAAAACAAUAAAGAUGAAGAUGCUGUCUAGCAUUCUGCUGAACUUUAUAUUUGUUGCCAUAGCAACAGUGAAUGGAGCCUCCAUGUCAUUUUCGUACUCGCAAGUGCGAGCGAAGCGCUCCCUGGCGGCUCCGUGUAGCCAGUGUCCGGAGAAUUUGUUCAGUGCUUCUGAGAAGGAAGAGAUGCUCAACUACCACAAUGAGGCCAGGAGGAUGGUACAACCGCAAUCCUCCAAUAUGAAACAGAUGAUGUGGGACCCAGAUCUGGCGGACUGCGACGGCCAAGACUACAUCAACCAGUGCAUCUACGCCCACGCCCACGCGGACCUGACCCCCUACCAGAACCAAGGGUGCACGUUUGACUUCGCCGGCCAGUACGUGGGGCAGAACCUCUAUGUCUCCUGCAGCACCGUCAACAACAGGCCGUCUAACCUCACUGGCUUAGCUCUGCAGUCCUGGUUUAACGAGAACCAGUUUUACAACUACGCCACGGACACAUGUGACACCAAUAAAGUCUGCGGACACUACACACAGGUGGCAUGGGCCAAUUCUUUUAGACUGGGUUGUGCGUAUUCUGCGUGUCAAGGUGUUUCCCCCUGCGGAGCCCAGUUUCCAUAUUACUGGAUCGUCGUCUGUAAUUACUACCCCGGUGGCAAUUAUCAGGGACAGAGCCCCUAUAAUUCUGGCACACCCUGUAGCAAUUGUCCAAGCAAUCAGUAUCUAGCUAACCCCUGCAAUAAUGGACUAUGUGUCACUGAGACAGAAUGUGAGAUCUCCGGAGGCUGCGGAGGUGGCGCUACAGACGAAUGUGCCGCCGGCACGCACAACUGUGAUGCUAACGCAGACUGCACUGACACUGCCGACGGUUUUACCUGUGCAUGCAGAGCUGGUUAUACUGGGGACGGUCAGACGUGUACAGAUAUCAAUGAAUGCACUGAAAAUACCGACAACUGCCAUGCAAAUGCUCAAUGUACCAACACUAACGGCGGCUUUUCUUGCGCAUGCUCAUCCGGGUAUUCCGGAGAUGGAGUCACGUGCACAGAUAUCAAUGAAUGCACUGAAAAUACCGACAACUGCCAUGCAAAUGCUCAAUGUACCAACACUGACGGCGGCUUUUCUUGCGCAUGCUCAUCCGGAUAUUCGGGAAAUGGGAUCACGUGUACAGAUAUCGAUGAAUGCGCUGCAAGUGGACCCAGCCCCUGUGUCGCCAACGCUGACUGUACUAACACUGUGGGAAGCUUUACCUGUGCUUGCAGCGCUGGCUAUACUGGGGAUGGCUCUAGCUCGUGUACAGACAUCGAUGAAUGCGCCGCAAACACCGACAACUGUGACGAAAACGCCCAGUGUACAAACACUGUUGGCAGCUUUACGUGCGCUUGUACAUCCGGGUAUUCGGGAGAUGGGGUCACUUGCACAG